GGUCAUAUUUCUGAAAUUGCAGAUUUAAAAAUCGUUAGGCCGCCUACUCUAACGGUCAUCUUCUUCAUUUCCUUCCAUUCCUCAGUAUUUAGUUACUCCCCUCACAGUUCAUAUAUUACCAAAACUUUGAAAAAGCGAGGAGACACAGAAAAGGGUGGAAAAAGAAAGAAAAAGUAGAGCGAUUUCUGAAAUCAGAAGAAAUUCAUAUUUGAUUUCUUGUGUGAAAAUGCGUAAACAAGCUUCAAGAAACAUGGAUAUAACACUACGGAAAGGAACUUCACCAUUGAGCUCUCCUAAGCCUUCUGCAGUUCCAGAUCCUUCGCUUUCUGCAGGUUCAAGAGAAACGAAUGAAAAUGAGAAGCCACAAAAGCAGAAACCCAUGACCAAGAAUUUCAUGUCACCCACCAUAUCUGCAUCUUCCAAAGCUUCAAUUAGGAAGAAAAUUUUGGCAGAAAGGAAUGAAAUUUCCAGCUCUUGUAACAGCCUUCCUCCACACAAAGCCUCAAAUCUUGGGUCUAAAACUAGUCCCCUAAAUUCAAUUUCGCGUCGAUCCUCUGAAUCUGAAAAUGAUCAAGAAAAUACCUCUGUUGUUGAUUCCUACUAUAGGCCCUAUGACCCUCUUACUAAUGACCUUGGCCCCAGGCCUAAGUAUCUCCGCUACAAGCCAAAUAGGCAUCGUGGGACCUUUCUUAAUCUUCAGGAUGAUAAUGAAGGGUCAUUGCAGCAAGCUCGAGAUCCCUCAAAACUGCCAGAAGAACAUAACCUGGAGCUGGAGAAUGAUGAAGGUGUGGCGGAUAGUGUUGAAGGUGAUGAUGAAGAAAUGGAAGAGGGUCGUGGGACCUUUCUUGAUCUCCAGGAUGAUAAUGAAGGGUCAUUGCAGCAAGCUCGAGAUCCCUCAAAACUGCCAGAAGAACAUAACCUGGAGCUGGAGAAUGAUGAAGGUGUGGCGGAUAGUGUUGAAGAUGAUGAUGAAGAAAUGGAAGAGGAUGUGGACGGUGAAUGGCGUCUGAAAGGGCUCUUCAAGAUUCUGCUUUUAUUGGUUGUUUUCUUUAUGUCGUGUUCAAAUUUAUCUUCCACAAACUCCGUGGUGAGUUCAGGUUCUGGCGAUAUGAUUCGGAAGAACAUCUUUGAAGCUGUUUUCCAUGAAAUUUACGGGAGUGAAAGUGCAUACGUGGAUCAUCUGGAAGAUUCUCAAAGUAGUUAUGAACUGAAUAAUGCGGUUUAUGAAUAUAUCGAAGAUAUUGUGGAGUCGUUGCAAGUUGGAAGUGCUGAAAUGGAAAAAACAACUGAGCCACAGGAAGGACAGAGUGCAGAUAAGGAUAUUGACCAGAACAGCAUGGAGGUCGAAGUCGCUCAGAAUGAUGUUGUACGUGGUGAUGAAGAGGAUGAAACCAUGAUAACAGCUGCUGGUGAAGUUACUAAUUCCAAUGAAAUUGAUGUGGAAGAAGUUGAAGGUCUUGAUGAGCAGCUGCAGAGGGAUGAGUCUCUUGAGAAGAAAAACCCCGAGCAAGAGAACUUUGCAGUAUUGCUUGAUGACAUUUCAAGCUCCAACUAUGACGACAAGGUUGAGCAGGUCGAGAAAAUCUCACAUGAACGAACUGGAGAAGUAGAAACAUCAGAGACAGCAUCAGGAGGAGCUGAAGAAAUUGAAACAGAAGUUGAAAUCAGCAAUCUUGACACUGAAUUAGUCGCAGAGAAAGGACCGGGGAACGCUGCUAUUAUCAUUGGAGUUUCAGCAGCUUCAGUGCUUUUGGUGGUCACCAUCCUUUUUACAAGGAAACCAAAAGCUUCUAUUGAAGCUCCUCAAGCUGAAGUACCCAACAACACGGUUAUUGCUAGUGUUGAAGGAGAACUCUCAGAGAGGAAAACUGAAACUUCUGUAAAGGUUUCAGCUCUGCCAGAACCACUGGAUGAUCCCUCAGAAAAUCACAGGAACUCUCACCCUGAGAGAACACCUGCCAUUGGAUCCAUCACACAAGCUUCAUCUUUGUGUGGACCAAAGCAAGAAGCAUCGAAGGAGAUCAGCUACAUCAGUGCACCAAAGAUUGAACUACUAGGUGAAAUAAUGGUUGGAGAAGUUAGCAGUUCCCUUAGAAGCUGUGUUAGGAAAAACAUCAAGACUGAAGCAGCAGAAGGAAACACUAAUUUAUCUAGAAGUGUUUUAUUGCCAUCUGCUGUGGAAGAACAUUCUAUAGCUGAUUCUCCAUCGCAUGGAAGCUUCACAGCUGAAAAGAAGAUCUUGAAGAAAAAGGUGGAGAAAGAUGGAGAAGAGGUCAAGAAAGUGGUAUUGACAACUCCAGUUAGAAGAUCAAGUCGAAUUCGAGAUCGUGUUGGCAUGUCUCCUUGAAUGAAUAAUCUACUGCGGGAGUUCUGUUUGUCUAGUGGAAACAGAAUCUCCGUUCUUUCAUAUUCUUUAGUCUUUUUUCAGAUCAAAUUCUAGGAAUUAUGUAGUAGUGCAAAUGCAUAAGAAUUGUAUCUUGUAGGAAAUGGUCGAUCUCAACUUUCAAUGGAGAAAUUCACUUUCCCUGA